AUGGAACAAGAAAAAUAUCGCCGACCCAACAGUAAGGAACUAGAAACCUGUCGCCAACCCAAUAGUAAGGAACUAGAAACCUGUCGCCAACCCAAUAGUAAGGAACUAGAAACCUGUCGCCAACCCAAUAGUAAGGAACUAGAAACCUGUCGCCAACCCAAUAUUAAGGAACUAGAAACCUGUCUCCAACCCAAUAGUAAGGAACUAGAAACCUGUCGCCAACCCAAUAGUAAGGAACUAGAAACCUGUCGCCAACCCAAUAUUAAGGAACUAGAAACCUGUCGCCAACCCAACAGUAAGGAACUAGAAACCUGUCGCCAACCCAAUAGUAAGGAACUAGAAACCUGUCGCCAACCCAAUAGUAAGGAACUAGAAACCUGUCUCCAACCCAAUAUUAAGGAACUAGAAACCUGUCGCCAACCCAAUAUUAAGGAACUAGAAACCUGUCGCCAACCCAAUAGUAAGGAACUAGAAACCUGUCGCCAACCCAACAGUAAGGAACUAGAAACCUGUCUCCAACCCAAUAGUAAGGAACUAGAAACCUGUCGCCAACCCAAUAGUAAGGAACUAGAAACCUGUCGCCAACCCAAUAUAAGGAACAAAAAAUCAGUUGCCGACCCAACGAUAAGGAAUAAUACAACUGUCGCACCGACCAAACAGCCUUGCCGACGCAACGGGAAGAAACAAGGAACCUGUAGCGCCGACCCAACAGCAAGGAACAAGGAACUUGUAGCCGACCCAACAGACAGGAACAAGAAAAAUGUGGCCAGCCCAGCAACAAGAAACAGGAAAACUGCCGUGCUGACUCAAUGGGAAGAAACAAAACAAAAUUUCGCCGACGCAAUAUUAAGGAACAUGAAAAAUGUCGCCGACACAACAGCAAAGAACAUGAAAAAUUUCGCCGACCCAACAGUAUGGAACAAGAAAAAUGUCGCCGACCCAACAGUAUGGAACAAGAAAAAUGUCGCCGACCCAACAGUAUGGAACAAGAAAAAUGUCGCCGACCCAACAGUAUGA